GUGAAGAGACUGAAAAGCAGAUUGAUGAUGGUAAUUCUAGUUCAACAUUGCAUUCUCAACAGACAAACGGCAUUGUUGAGAAUGAUGUUAAUGAAGAUGAACAUUUGGAAUUUACUUUGCACGAUAUAAAAGAGGCCUAUGAACGAUUAAAGCAUAAUAACAAGUUGUAUGAAUGGUUCAAACUCGUUAAUUAUUCUUUGCUCGAUCCAAAAAAUUGGGAAGUUGCUUUCGCAGAUAAUUUGAUACCUAAUAAACUCGUCUUGCAAGGAUUAUUUGAAGUAUUAAAAAAAGAUGAUAUUGAAAAGGAAACUUCAAAAUC